GCAAUUUGUAUUCGGGAGGGAAGAGUUAUUUGUAAUUUAAAGUCUGUGAUUGUUAAUAUCUUGUUAUUUAAGAAGUUAUUCAUGCAUAGCGUAAUUUUGAAAACCGUGAAACGGUUUCAUAAAAGGAAGUUAUUAAUUUCUACUCAACCUGAAUUAAAACCUUCUUCUUCACCUAUGGCAAAAAAUAUUACAUCAAUUACUGUGACAGAUGAAGAGAAAGAUUUGGAGUAUGAAACAAUUCAAUCUGAAUUUUGUACAUUAACCUGGUUGUAUAAAAGUGCUCCUUGCUUUCCUGUGAAUGGAUCUAAGAUUAAAAUAAUUCAUGAACCAAAUAAAUUUUAUUCUACUCUUGUACGUAAGUGCAAGAAUGCUAGAAAAAGGAUAACAUUUGCAUCGCUAUAUUUAGGCAUAGGAAAAUUAGAAUCUAAUUUAGUAAAUGCUGUAAAUGAAGCUUUAAUUGCAAAUAAUGGUAAUGUUGAAGUUAAAAUUUUGUUAGAUUUUAUGAGAGGAUCCAGAGGUAAAUUAAAUUCCCGUAAAAUGUUAGAACCACUACUUAAUGGAAAAUAUGGUCAUUGUUGUCAGAUUUACUUGUACCAUACUCCUAAACUUCGUGGAUUCUUAAAAAUGAUUAUACCAGACCGUUUCAAUGAAUUGAUAGGAUUACAACAUAUGAAGUUAUAUAUGAUAGACAAUGACAUAAUAAUUAGUGGUGCUAAUCUCAGCAAUGACUACUUUACAAAUAGACAAGAUCGUUAUUUUCUAAUUGAAAACUGUAAAGAGCUUUGUGAUUUUUAUGAUGAGUUGGUUCAAAGAGUUGGAGAAUUUAGUUUUGUACUUCAAUCUGAUGGUACAGUAUUAACUUCUGCUAUGAAAGUCAAUCCUCUUGAAGAUCCUAUUACAUUCAUUAAAGAAGCUGCACAUAGCAUAAAAACUUUGUUCCAGAGAGAAUUAGGAUCUUCUGAUCCUGAAAAAAUAGGAAAAGAUACUUGGAUCUUUCCUUUGGUACAAAUGGGUCAAUUAAACAUUUAUCACGAUAGCCAGAUAACGUUGAAGCUUUUACAGACAGCUCCAGAAGGAGCAACACUUAAAUUAGCAACUGGUUAUUUUAACUUAACUUCGGAGUACAGUAAAGCAUUACUUGAACAUUGUGAAGGAACAUGUCAUCUUCUGACAGCACAUCCAACUACAAAUGGUUUCUAUACUGCAAAGGGCAUUGCUAAUGGUAUCCCAGCAGCAUACACAAAAAUAGAAGAAUCAUUUGUUAAAUACUGUAACAAGUUGGGACAACAAGAUAGAGUAAUUUUAUGGGAAUUUGUUAAGCCAGGAUGGACAUACCACGCUAAAGGACUUUGGUAUUCCUUACCAAAUCAAGAAAAACCGUGUCUCACGCUUGUUGGAUCUCCUAAUUUUGGUUACAGAUCAGUGAAUAAAGACUUAGAAACUCAGAUUGCUAUUGUAACCAAGAAUAGAAAUUUACAAAAUGAACUACAAAAAGAGCAAGAACGUUUGUUUUUACAUGCUCAACGUAUAACAAAUGAAACAUUUUUUGAACGAGAUAGAAUUCCUCCAAGUUGGGUAUGUGCUAUCGUUGUUCUGUUUCGAUACUAUUUUUAAUAUUUUAUCUAUUAAAUGUCUACCAUUUAUAAUCUAAGUCAAUAUACAUAUGGGUAAAAUUCAUUUAUAUUGUUUUUUUUUUAAUACAAAUAAUUAUAUGAAUUAGAAAAGAAUAAUUUACAUUAUUAGUUUACAAAUUCCUUAUUCAUCAUUUACAUUAUGUUUAUAAUUAGUAAAAAGGUAUGAAUUAAAAAAUUCUUUUUCCAUUUUAAAUACAUAAAAUUGGACAAAUCGAGUUAUAUGGGUUUGAUAAAUAAAAACGUACGUUGUGUAUGUUUAUACUGAUAAUAAUUAUUCUUUAAAUGACAUACUAUCCUGUAUGGAACGUGAUAAAACUUUAUGGUACUAUGUUUACGACGUUUCAUACGCAAUAUCGGGAGAGUGGAAGUAAUUCCAAUUAAAAUACAGAAAUAGUAUAAGAGAAACUGUUCAUAACCACUUAAAACAGUCAUUUCAGUCCACUAUUGAGAGUCACAAUUUAUGUGACUCUGGAAGAUAAUUACUUCGAUGACACUUUUCACAAAUGAUUGAAUUGGUUUUACACUAGAGAUUUCCAAAAAUGGCAGAGAUAGAAACUUCUUCCACA